AUGUCGACUUAUUCUGCCGAUGUUUCUCUAACCACAACCACUACAUCCUGUUCAGAUUGUAAAUUGGAACUCUUCGAAAGAAGGUGGACACAGCUUCUUUUAAGAUGGCUAAACAAAUGCGUGUAUGGUAAACCCACAGUAACCAGACUAAGCAAUAGAAGCCUCAUUGAGGUAACGAAUAAGUACAAAGAUGAUAUUUGUUCUGAUGACCUGGAAAGAGCUUAUCUUAACUCUGAAGACCUGGAGCCAUUUCUCAAGUUGAAAUAUCCAAUAUUAAGAUUAAGUUACUUCUGUGAAGAAAAGGAAUUCUACAAAAGGCUGUACAUCCAAACCUCUGUUCUUUUAUACCAUUGUUGCGUCAGUUCAAUUAAUGGCCAAGUCGACAGUGAUAUCUGCUCUUACCUCGAAAAGACAGAACAAGAGUUGAUUCUCAAAUUUUGUGAGAGACUUACCGACAUGGAAGUUACAUUUAAUAAUGUAGAAUGUGCUAUCAAAGACGCCUGCGAAGCAAUGACAAAAGGAACAAAGAAAAACAAAAAGAAACCACCUUUGAAGGUGCUUCCCGAGAAACCCAUGGCUAAUGCCUCCGGGGAAUCUUGUUAUCCUUCAAACUCCACACUAAGAGCUUCUUCUAAGAUAUCCUUAGGUUCUGAAGCAUCACAAAGGAAGAAUAUAAAAUUCAAAUCUUCAAUCACCGUUCUGCCAUCAGCUGUGACAGAAACGUCAUCAUGUACUGAUGUUGAUUAUGAAAUGAAUUAUAGUACUAGUUCCAAAACCGAUACCAUUCCAGAUAAAGCAUCUGAAAAAUAUGAUACUCUAAUGAACCUUGAAGGGACAAAGAAUUUUUGCCUUGGUACAAAGUCAUCUGAUAAAUUUCGUUGCAUAGCUUCAUGCUCUUGCAGCAGAUGUGCUCAUGUAGGGGUUGCUUGUGGAGAUUCUGGGGAAUUAACGAGUAAAUGCUUGAAGAAGAAAGAAAAGAAGAUGAAAGAAUUGUCGUCGGGUUACAAGUACUGUUUCAUUCUUAUGGAUUUUCCAUCUCCAUAG